GGCGUGUGUGUGCGUUUUCGAGGUUGGCUAGAUUUGGAACGUUUGGAUGGAUCGGGCUGUCUGGAGUUCGAUGAACGACGUGCAAUGCACGAAGAUCAAAUAUUGCGCGAACAAAUCGAACGAUAUAAUUUGAGGCUUCGCGAAUUUGAGGAUUCCAAACGAGCAUAUCGUGAUAGCCGACCAGAAGUUGAUAUGGAAGCUGUACGCCGCGGUGUACCCUCAGGUGGCAUUGGAGUUGGUGCCAGUAUGUGGAGACGUUAAUUUUGGGGAGAAAGAAAAGCGGCGUAAACUUAGAAUAUAAUUACUCUAAUUCGGGACAUAGGCUGAUAGAGGUCUUUCUAUUUAUUUUUUUCAAAUUCGUUUGCACAAUAAAAGUAAAAAAAAUUGCAUUGUGUAAGUAAAAAAUUUAUAAACUGGAAAUUUACAUAUUUUAAUUUGGAAUUUAAAGAACCUGCUUUAUCAGCCCCUAGUAGUAUUCGUGCCGAAUUUCUGUUCUACGAAUUAGUUUAUUAUUUUAAUUGUAAGCAUAAAUAAUGGCGGUUUUCUCAAAAUUAAGUAUUAUUUUGUGCAAAAUAUGUAUUACGUCCUAUACUAAUAAUUGUAUUAAUUUUAUAUCAAUUAAAUUUCCACCUGGAAAAAAUGUAUUACUAUA